ACAGACACCCUGAAAGACAGACAGACAGGUCCAACGUCACAGCCCUGGGGGCUGGAGCUGGGGCUCGGUGAGGGUUGGGACGGAGCUGCUGCUGCUGCCCGGACCCAGUUGCAGAGGAAGGUAGAGGAGAGGCGGGUCAUGGACAUCCAUGCAUGGCUCCGUCCUUUCACAGUAACGUUAUCAAAGCGGACGGAUAUUGACUGAAGCGUUGGUGUCGAUGCAAUGAAGCCCAGCCAGGUUCUUGUGUGAGCACCUGAGCACACGACAGGAGGCCUCUGACAGUUUACUGGACUGAUGGCUCCAGAGUGACAUGCCAUGGCUUUAAUGAUCCCCCCGGUGAAGCUCAAAUGGCUGGAGCACCUAAACAGCUCAUGGAUCACGGAGGACAGCGAGUCCAUCGCCACACGGGAGGGAGUCUCGGUGCUCUACUCAAAGCUGCUGGCCAACAAAGAGGCUGUGCUGCUGCCCCAGCAGGUGCUGUGUCUGAAGGGCCCCCAGCUUCCUGACUUUGAGCGUGAAUCCCUCUCCAGCGAUGAGCAGGAGCACUACCUGGACGCUCUGCUCAGCAGCCAGCUGGCCUUGGCCAAGAUGGUCUGCUCUGACUCUCCCUUCGCUGCUGCCCUGCGCAAACGCGUGCUGGUGCUCCAGCGCAUCUUUUAUGCACUUUCCAACAAGUACCACGACAAGGGGAAGGUCAAGCAGCAGCAGCACUCUCCAGAGAACAACUCGGGCUCUGCUGAUCUGCACUCUGUCAGCGAGCGGCCGCGCUCCAGCACCGACGCGCUCAUCGAGAUGGGUGUUCGCACUGGCCUCAGCCUUCUGUUUGCUCUGCUGCGGCAGAGCUGGAUGAUGCCUCCUCCACCUAGCCCCGGUGGAAGUCCUGGGGGCAACAUAAACUUGUGUAAUGAUGUCAUUCACACAGCCAUUGAUGUGGUCAGCUCCCUGCCACCUCUCUCCCUGGCCAACGAGAGCAAGAUCCCGCCGAUGGGCCUGGACUGCCUGGCCCAGGUCACCACUUUCCUGAAGGGGGUGACCAUGCCAAACUCUGGGGCGGAUAUUUUAGGGCGGCGACUCGCCUCAGAGCUGCUGCUAGGGCUGGCCUCACAGAGGGGCUCCCUGCGCUACCUGCUGGAGUGGAUUGAGAUGGCCUUGGCUGCAUCAGCCGUGGUCAGUGCCAUGGAGGAGAACAAGGUGCUACAGAACCAAGAAGGGCUCAUCGGAUAUGACUGUUUCAUGAACAUCCUCAUGCAGAUGAGACGCUCUCUGGGCUCCUCAGCAGAUCGCAGCCAGUGGAGAGAACCCACACGGACCUCUGAUGGCUUGUGCUCAUUGUACGAGGCAGCACUCUGUCUUUUUGAAGAGGUAUGUCGUAUGGCAUCAGACUACUCUCGCACCUGUGUCAGCCCGGACAGCAUACAGACCGGCGAGGCCCCCGUGGUGUCUGAAAGCUGCGAGGUGUACGUGUGGGGCAGUAACAGCAGCCACCAGCUCGUGGAGGGUACGCAGGAGAAGAUCCUGCAGCCCAAGUUGGCCGCCAGCUUCGCCGAUGCACAGACAAUUGAGGCGGGUCAGUACUGCACUUUCGUCAUCUCCUCUGAUGGCUCUGUUCGGGCCUGCGGGAAGGGCAGCUAUGGCCGCCUGGGCCUCGGGGACUCCAACAACCAAUCAACGCUCAAGAAGCUGACCUUUGAACCCCACCGUGCCAUCAAGAAGGUGUCGUCAUCCAAGGGCUCAGAUGGCCACACGCUGGCCUUCACCACGGAGGGCGAGGUGUUCAGCUGGGGUGACGGUGAUUACGGCAAACUGGGUCACGGGAACAGCUCAACACAAAAAUACCCCAAACUGAUCCAGGGGCCGCUGCAGGGGAAGGUGGUGGUGUGUGUGUCUGCUGGAUACAGACACAGUGCUGCAGUCAGUGAGGAUGGAGAGCUGUACACAUGGGGUGAAGGAGAUUUUGGCCGAUUAGGUCACGGUGACAGCAACAGCCGGAACAUUCCUACCCUGGUUAAAGACAUCAGCAACGUGGGAGAGGUGUCAUGUGGUAGCUCCCAUACCAUCGCACUGUCAAAGGAUGGACGCACUGUGUGGUCCUUUGGAGGAGGGGACAACGGGAAACUAGGUCAUGGUGAUACUAAUCGAGUCUACAAGCCAAAAGUAGUGGAGGCCCUGCAAGGGAUGUUCAUCAGGAAAGUGUGUGCAGGAAGCCAGUCGUCUCUCGCCUUAACCUCCACCGGACAGGUGUAUGCAUGGGGCUGUGGUGCUUGCCUGGGAUGUGGGUCCUCUGAGGCCACAGCGCUCAGACCCAAACUCAUUGAGGAGCUGGCUACCACCAGGGUGGUGGACAUCUCCAUAGGGGAUAGUCACUGCCUGGCUCUGUCACAUGACAAUGAAGUGUACGCAUGGGGCAACAACUCCAUGGGCCAGUGUGGUCAGGGGAACUCCACAGGGCCGAUCACGAAGCCCAAGAAGGUCGUCGGGCUGGACGGAGUCGCUAUUCAGCAGAUCUCAGCCGGCACGUCCCACAGCCUGGCGUGGACCGCUCUGCCCAGAGACAGGCAAGUGGUGGCUUGGCACCGGCCCUACUGUGUCGACCUCGAAGAAAGUACCUUCUCACACUUGCGCUCCUUCCUCGAGCGCUACUGUGACGGCAUCAACAGUGAAGUUCCUCCUCUCCCGUUCCCCUCAUCCAGGGAGCAUCAUAACUUCCUAAAGCUGUGCCUUCGGCUCUUGUCCAAUCAUCUGGCUCUGGCCCUUGCUGGGGGCGUGGCCACCAGUAUCUUAGGUCGUCAGGCCAGGCCCCUGAGGAACCUGCUCUUCAGACUGAUGGACUCCUCUGUGCCAGAUGAGAUUCAGGAGGCGGUGAUUGACACUCUGUCUGUGGGGGCGACCAUGUUGCUGCCUCCGCUGAGAGAGAGGAUGGAGCUCCUCCACUCGUUGCUGCCUCAGGGCCCUGACAGAUGGGAGAGUCUCUCCAAAGGACAGAGGAUGCAGCUGGACAUCAUCCUGACCAGUCUGCAGGACCACACCCACGUGGCCUCGCUCCUGGGUUACAGCUCUCCUGCUGACGGCCCCGAGGUUCUGACCUCCGGCCAGGGCUUCACAGCCUCGCCGGACCCCACGUACAGCGCCACAGCCGGCCACCCUGACACCCACCUGGCUGAGAUCCUGAUGAAGACGCUGCUCAGGAAUCUGGGCUUUUAUACUGAUCAGGCAUUCGGUGAGCUGGAGAAGAACAGUGAUAAGCUGCAGCAGGGCACGUCCUCCUCUGACAGCAGCCAACCAGCUCACCUCCACCAACUGCUGUGUUCCCUACAGAAGCAACUGUUAGCUUACUGCCACAUUAACUCUGUCACUGAGAACUCCAGCAGCGUGGCGUUACUCCACAAGCACCUGCAGCUCCUGCUGCCUCACGCCACAGAUAUCUUCUCCCGCUCAGCUGCUCUGAUAAAAGAGAGUUCUUGGAACGGCAACAUACGAGAGAAGCUACAGGAUGUGAUCUAUGUGUCUGCGGCAGGCAGCAUGCUUUGCCAGAUAAUCAACUCAUUGCUGCUGCUCCCGGUGUCUGUGGCGAGGCCUCUACUGAGCCACCUGCUGGACCUGCUGCCUCCUCUGGACCGCCUCAACAGGCUGCUCCCUGCUGCCUCCCCGCUGGAGGACCAGGAGCUGCAGUGGCCUCUGCACGGUACCUCUGACUUCGCUGAGCCAGCCUCGGGUAUGUCCCUGCCACAGCAGGCGCUCUCCUGGGUGUGGCUCGUGGAUCUGGAGAGGACAGUCGCCCUGCUGGUGGGCCGCUGCCUCGGUGGGAUGCUGCAGGGAGCUCCGACCUCACUGGAGGAGCAGGACACUGCGUACUGGCUCAAAACGCCGCUCUUCAGCAACGGCUUGGAAAUGGACAUCCCGCAGCUCGACACCUGCAUCAGCUCAUUACUGGAGGCGGCACUGUCUGGUAAUGAAGAGCAGAAGCCCUUUGACUGCACGCUGCGUCCUGACUUGAGUGUCCUGGUGGAUUUGGCUCUGUGUUCCUCUAAAGAACCUGCCAACAGCCUCUGGAUCAACAUGCAGGACUACGCCAUGAGCAAAGACUGGGACAACGCGUCUCUCAGUAAUGAGUCCCUGUUGGACACUGUUUCCAGGUUUGUGCUGGCAGCCUUAUUAAAGCACACAGGGCUGUUGGGCCAAGCCUGUGGAGAGGGCAGGUACCAACCAUCAAAGUCCCUGGCGGAGGUCUAUCGCAGUGUUUACAAGGUACGAAACCGGCUGCUGGCCUGUAAGAAUAUGGACUUCAUCCAGACGAGAUCCUCUUCGCGUGAGAGGAGGAUCUCAGACAAUCAGGACUCUCUGGACAUGGACCCUCAGGAGCACUCGUUCACACGCACCAUCGACGAGGAGGCAGAGCUUGAAGAGAGAGCGGACCGCGAGAGGGAGGAGGGCCAUCAGGAACAAGACGAUGAAGAGGAGGACCGGGAUCACGAAGUGAUGACGGCUGGAAAAAUUUUUCAAUGUUUCCUCUCAGCGCGGGAGGUCGCUCGCAGUCGGGACAGAGAGCGGGCCAGCAGCAGCACUGGACUGGGUUCCGGCUCUGUGUCCAGGAGCGGAGGAGGAGGAGGAGGAGAGGAGGACGCCAUUCUAUCUCAGGAGGGCAGGAGGGGCAGUACGGGUCUCCCCGAGGGUCAGGACCUAUACACAGCCGCCUGUAACUCUGUGAUCCACCGCUGCGCCCUGCUGCUGCUCGGGGUGAGCCCCGUGCUGGGUGAGCUGAGCAAGCAGAACCAGGAGGAGGGUCAGACGCAGUCGGCCACAGGAACACAGGAGUGUCUGAGCUUCAUGACCAGGAGCGAGAGUCUGAGUGCAGAGAGCCGCUCGGUGCAGAGCAGUCCCAGUUACAGACUGAUGAAGUCCAGGAGCGAGUCUGACCUCUCCCAGCCCGAGUCAGACGAAGAGGGUUACACUCUGAGUGGGAGGAGAAAUGUCGACCUGGACUUGGCGUUCUCUCACAAAAAGAGAGGCUUCCUUCACAGCUCUCCAGACUCCCUGGCCGAGUCCUGGUUCAGGGCCAAACUGAGCCGCCAGCGGAGCUACAGCUCGGCACACUCCUAUGAAGAGUCAGACCUGGACCUGAGCCGCUCACUGGGCAUCCAUGCUCUCAUUGAUAACAUGGUCAGCUUCAUCAGUGGAGAUGUGGGCCUGGCUCCAGCCUUCAAGGAGCCAGAGGAGAGUAUGUCCACCAGCCCACAGGCAACGAUCCUGGCCAUGGAGCAGCAACAGAGCCGGGCAGAGCUGCGGUUGGAGGCACUCCACCAGAUCGUGGUGUUGAUCUCCGGCAUGGAGGAGAAGGGCAGCCAGCCCGGGAACACAGAUCGAUCCAGCAGUGCCUUCCAGUCCUCCUCCCUGCUCACCUCCGUCAGGCUGCAGUUCCUGGCAGGUUGUUUUGGCCUCGGCACCGUGGGCACCGGAGGGCUGAAGAGGGAGAGCGUGCAGCUACAUCACUAUCAGGACGGAGUUAAAGCAGCGAAGAGAAGCCUCCAGAUGGAAAUCCAAACAGCUGUUCAUAAGAUCUACCAGCAGCUGUCUGUCACACUGGAGAGGGCGCUGCAGGCAAACAAACACCACAUAGAAGCCCAGCAGCGCCUCCUGCUGGUGACUGUGUUCGCACUGAGCGUUCGCUACCAGCCAGUGGACGUGUCCCUGGCCAUCUCCAGUGGACUGCUCAACGUGCUGUCCCAGCUCUGUGGGACAGAGACGAUGCUGGGGCAGCCGCUCCAGCUGCUGCAGAAACCCGGAGUGUCCCAGCUCAGCACCGCCCUCAAGGUGGCGUCCACCCGCCUGCUGCAGAUCCUCGCCAUCAGCACCGGGACGUAUGCAGACAAGUUGAGUCCCAAAGUCGUCCAGUCGCUGCUGGACCUGCUCUGCAGUCAGCUGAAGAACCUGCUGUCUCAGGCCGGAGUCAGUCUCCUGUCCUCUGGGAAAGACCAGGAAGACAGCAAACAUGAGGACAGUGCGGACUCUGAGAAGAAAGACUUCAGAGCAUUAAUCCGUAAGCAGCACACUGCUGAGCUUCAUCUCGGAGACUUCCUCGUCUUCCUCAGGAGGGUGGUGUCCUCCAAGGCCAUCCAGUCCAAGAUGGCCUCCCCUAAAUGGACUGAAGUGCUGCUCAACAUUGCAGCGCAGAAAUGCUGCUCAGGGGUCCCUCUGGUGGGAAACUUGAGAACUCGGCUCCUCGCUCUUCACGUGUUGGAGGCCGUCCUUCCUGCCUGUGAGGCCAACAUGGAGGACGACCAGAUGACACAGGUCGUUGAGCGUCUGUUCGCCCUGUUGUCUGACUGCAUGUGGGAAGCUCCUGUCGCUCAGGCCAAACACUCGGUCCAGAUCAAAGAAAAAGUUCAGGAACUCAAACUGCAGGGAGAGGCAGAGGAGGAGGACGAGAACCUUCCCAUUCAGGAAGUGUCCUUUGACCCGGAGAAGGCUCAGUGCUGUGUGGUGGAGAAUGGCCAGGGGCUGACGCAUGGCAGUGGGGGGAAAGGCUACGGCCUGGCGUCCACUGGGAUCUCCUCUGGAUGUUACCAGUGGAAGUUUUACAUCGUGAAGGAGAACCGAGGCAACGAGGGCACGUGUGUGGGUGUUUCACGAUGGCCCGUGCACGACUUCAACCACCGCACCACAUCAGAUAUGUGGCUGUACCGAGCGUACAGCGGGAACCUGUAUCACAACGGGGAGCAAACACUGACGCUCAGCAGCUUCACUCAGGGAGACUUCAUCACCUGCGUCCUGGACAUGGAGGCCAGAACCAUCUCCUUCGGCAAGAAUGGAGAGGAACCAAAGUUAGCCUUCGAGGAUGUCGACGCCACAGAGCUCUACCCCUGUGUGAUGUUCUACAGCAGCAACCCAGGAGAGAAGGUUAAGAUCUGUGACAUGCAGAUGAGGGGGACGCCUCGAGACCUCUUACCUGGUGACCCAGUCUGCAGCCCCAUGGCCACUGUCCUGGCCGAGGCCACCACACAGCUGAUCCGCAUCUUACAUCGCACUGACCACUGGACCCAUCGCAUCAACAAGACCAUGAUCGAGCGCCUCCACAAGAUCAAACCUUGCUUCAGAGAGUCUGCCAGUGCCUCAGGUGGCGGUGGGGGUCAGCGGCUGAAGAAGAGUCGCUCUGUGCAGAGCCGUGAGGAGCACGACGCCCAGAGAGAAAGCCAAGAAACACCCACCAGGACGGAGGAGGAGAGGGGACGCCACGGACGGCAGCACGGCCUGGGGGAGCUGUCGGAGCACCACCUGAGGACGCUCUGCACGGAGGUGUGGCCGGUCCUGGCGGUGAUCGGAGGGGCAGACGCAGGCCUACGUGUAGGUGGGCGAUGUGUGCACAAACAGACGGGGAGGCACGCUACUCUGCUGGGCGUGGUGAAGGAAGGCAGCACCUCAGCGAAGGUGCAGUGGGACGAGGCUGAGAUCACCAUCAGCUUCCCAACUUUCUGGUCGCCUAGUGACACUCCACUAUACAACCUGGAUCCCUGCGAGCCGCUGCCCUUCGACGUGGCGCGUUUCCGCGGCCUCACCGCCUCGCUGCUGCUGGACCUCACCUACCUCACCAGCAUCCACGAGGAAACCGCCGCCAAGCUCAGCGCACGCCGCCAUGAAAAGAAGCAUCGCAACGCAGCCUCGACCGGGCACGAACCAACCAGUAAUGAAGAGAAGGCGGAGAGCGAGGGGCACAGCCGUAAUGAACAAAAGGAGAACACUGGAGCCUCAUCAGGAGCAGCUCCAAACACCACGACCUCUGACCUGCGUGUGUCCCACAGCCUGGACGAGGUGAAAGCACACGUGGCUCCAAACUCUAAGUCAGAAAGUGAGAUCUCCUCUGUGGUUAGCGGAGGGGCAGGCGGGAACGAGACCCUUUUCACCACAGCUCCUCACACUCCUGCUGAGGGGAACAAGAAGAAAGGUCAUGAGCACGGCUCCCGCAGUCAUGAGCCGUCUCCUUCCUGCAUCGCCACGCAGUCUGAGAUCCACGCUGUGCAGCUGUCAUAUCUCUACCUGGGAGCCAUGAAGACCCUCAGCGCCCUGCUCAGCUGCAGCAAGUAUGCUGAGCUGCUGCUCAUACCAAAGGUGUUACCGGAAGCACCCAGCGGGCACAACGCUGAUCUGAAUGCCAGCACCAGCGGAAGCACAGCUGCCACCUCGCCGGUGUGCCAGGAGGAAGUGGAGAUGCGUGCGGCUCUGCAGUUCCUCAUGCGCCAUAUGGUGAAGCGGGCAGUGAUGCGCUCCCCCAUCAAGCGAGCUCUGGGCCUGGCGGACCUGGAGAGGGCGCAGGCCAUGAUCUACAAGCUCGUUGUGAACGGGCUGAUGGAGGAGCCCAGCGGGGGAAAGGCUAAGCCCGGAGUGAGGAGUGAACCGGAAGGUGAGGGGGAAGGUACAGAGGGUGAGCAGUUGGCACAGACCCCAGUCACCACCAGCCCCUCUGCCUCCAGCACCACCUCCUUCAUGAGCUCCUCGCUGGAGGACACCACCACUGCUACAACACCCGUCACAGACACAGAGACCGUCCCUGCCUCGGAGUCUCCGGGGGUCAUGCCUCUCAGCCUCCUCAGGCAAAUGUUCUCGAGCUACCCAACCACCACCCUCGUUCCAACCCGUCGAGCUCAGACUCCUCCUGUGUCCUCUCUGCCAACGUCUCCCUCUGAUGAGGUCGGCCGCCGGCAGAGUCUCACCUCCCCUGACUCGCAGCCCUCCAGACCACAGAACAGGACAGGUACCUCUCUGUCGGACCCCAGCAGCAGGCUGUCAACAUCUCCUCCUCCUCCCGCCAUCGCUGUGCCUCUGCUGGAGAUGGGCUUCUCUCUGCGCCAGAUCACCAAAGCUCUGGAAGCCACCGGUGCUCGAGGAGAAGCAGAUGCUCAGAACAUCACGGUGCUGGCCAUGUGGAUGAUAGAGCAUCCAGGCACAGAGGACGAACAUGACGAGCCUCACACCAGAGGCAGUGGCGUUGGCGGGGACGGGUCGGAUUCGUCCUGUCCGGGCGCGAUGGCCUCAGCUGGAGGCAAAUCUCUGGACAGGAGCCCGUACCUGUGCUCUCCCGGAGACAUCGCCAGUGCAGACGCUUCGGAAAUGGAGGAGGGCUUCAGUGAGAGUCCUGAGGGUCUGGAGCAGGACAGUGCAUCAGCCUCCAGCGGCGGUCCGCUCAGAGGCCGCUCUGCUGCCGGCAGGAAACACCGCUUUGACCUGGCAGCUCGCACACUGUUGGCCCGCGCUGCUGGACUGUACCGCUCGGUGCAGGCGCACCACAGCCAAUCACGACGGGAGGUCUCAUCGCUCCAACAGCAGCAGGACCCCGGCGCUCUUUACGACUUCAACCUGGAUGAAGAGCUGGAGAUGGACCUGGACGAGGAGACCAUGGAGGCCAUGUUCGGCCAGGACCUCGCCAGCGACACCGACAUUCUGGGAAUGUGGAUCCCGGAGGUACUGGACUGGCCAACAUGGCACGUGUGUGAGACAGACGAUCGAGACGAAGUGGUGGUGUGCGAGCUGUGCGAGGCCAACGUGGCCAACUUCAAUCAACACAUGAAGAAGAGUCACCCAGGCUGCGGCCGCAGUGCCAACCGCCAAGGCUACCGCAGCAACGGCUCCUACGUGGACGGCUGGUUUGGAGGCGAGUGUGGGAGCGGAAACCCUUACUACCUGCUGUGUGGCGGCUGCAGAGAGAAGUACCUGGCCAUCAAAAGCAAAGCCAAAGUCCCCAUCGUGGAGAGGUAUAAGGGGCAGGCUCCCGACCUCCUGGGGAAGCAGGACAGUGUCUAUGAAGAGGACUGGGACAUGCUGGACGUUGACGAAGAUGAGAAGCUGACGGGUGAAGAGGAGUUUGAGCUGUUGGCCGGCCCGUUGGGUCUCAGUGAGCGCAGGAUCGUCCCCGAGGCUGUCCAGUUCCCCGACAGCGAUCCGCUGGGAGCGUCUGUUGCCAUGGUGACAGCCACCAACAGCAUGGAGGAGACCCUGCUGCAGAUCGGCUGUCAGACCUCGGUGGAUAAGAGUUCAUCAGGCAGAGUGACCCUCGGCGAGCAGGCAGCGGCCCUCCAGAACCCCCACGACCGAGUGAUGGCUCUGAGGAGGGUGACGGCCGCGGCCCAGGUGCUGCUGGCCAGGACCAUGGUGAUGAGAGCGCUGUCCCUGCUGUCUGUCAGCGGCUCGAGCUGCAGCCUUGCAGCAGGUCUGGAGUCUCUGGGUUUAACCGACAUCAGGACUCUGGUCAGGCUGAUGUGCCUGGCGGCAGCAGGCCGAGCCGGUCUCUCCACUAGUCCCACAUCCGGCUCCAGCCACGCUGAGAGGCCCCGCGGGGCCGCCAAGGCCAGCAAACCCAUCUCCUGUUUGGCUUACCUCAGCACAGCUGUGGGCUGCUUGGCCUCCAACAGUCCCAACGCCGCCAAGCUGCUGGUGCAGCUCUGCACUCAGAACCUGAUCUCCGCAGCUACCGGUAUGAAUCUGACCACCGUGGACGACCCCAUCCAGAGGAAGUUCCUGCCCAGCUUCCUGCGCGGCGUGGCCGAGGAGAACAAGCUCGUCACAUCUCCAAACUUUGUGGUCACACAGGCUCUGGUGGCGCUGCUGGCAGAUAAAGGAGCCAGACUCAGACCUGCGUAUGACAAGGCUGAUAUGGAGAAAAGAGGUCUAAUUGCGCAUUUGUAUGCCCAUCCUUCCCAUAAUCCCUCCGCUGUAGGGCCUCUGGAGCUGGCCAACGCUCUGGCGGCCUGUUGCCUGUCCUCCAGGCUGUCCUCACAGCACCGUCAGUGGGCCGCCCAGCAGCUGGUCCGCACGCUGGCCGCCCAUGACCGCGACAACAACCAGAGCCGGCCGCAGACCUUUGCCGACAUGGCAGGGGACCUGCGGAAGUGCUCCUUCAUCAAGCUGGAGGCUCACCAGAGCAGAGUCAUCACGUGUGGGUGGUGCAGUAAGAAAGGCCUGCUGGCUACGAGUGGCAACGAUGGGACGGUCAGGAUGUGGAACGUAACCAAGAACCAGUACACCCUGCAGCAGACCUGCAUCUUCAAUAAGGAUGACGGCUCUUCCGAGGAGGGUGUGUCAGGUUUGGGAUCUCCCAGCGACCCCUGUCUGUCUCCUCUGGCCUGGAGUGUCACUGGAAAAUAUCUGGCGUCUGCCAUGGAGAAAAUGGUCAACAUCUGGCAAGUUAACGGUGGUAAGGGCCUGUUAGACAUGCAGCCUCACUGGGUGUCGGCGUUGGCUUGGCCUAAAGAGGAAGCAGAGUCUCUGUGGUGCGGGGAACCCAAAGACAUGCUGCUGGUGGGACGUAUGGACGGAUCUCUGGGCCUCAUUGAGGUGCUGGAUACCUCCAUGAUGCACCGCACCGAGCUGGAGCACUGCUACAGGAAAGAUGUGGCGGUGAUGCACAUAGCCUGGUACAGUGAAGACAAGCCUUUCGCUGUGGGCUACGCAGAUGGCAAGCUGCUGAUUGGAUCCAAAGAGCCUUUAGAAAAAGGAGCCAUCGUGGUCAUUGAUGCACACAAGGAGUCCAUCACCAGUAUGAAGUGGAGCCCUACUGGGGAGAUCCUGCUGACUUGUGCCAAAGAGGACACAGUGAAGCUGUGGGCCAGUCCCGACCCUCACUCCGACUCAGGCUCCGGCUCCAGCUGGCGCUGCCUGCAGAGUCUGAGACAUCCUUCCCCGGUGAACGGUGUGGCCUGGUGCAGCCUGCUGGGACGCGGCCCGAAGGCCCUCAGCAUGUUGGCCAUAUGCUGUCAGAACGGUCUGGUCACCGUCUGGACUGUUCCGCAGGACAUUUCUAACUUCCCAGAAUCCUCUUCGUCUGAGUCGGAGGGAUGGUGGGAAAAUGAAACAAAACCCAAAUUCAUGUCUUCCCGGUGGUCAGGAGACGGAGCGACGUGUGUUUUCCAGCUGAAAGGCCACAUCACUCCUGUCAGAACGUUGGCCUUCAGCCCCGAUGGUCUGGCUCUGGCAUCUGGAGGAGUCGGAGGCCUCAUGAACAUCUGGUCCCUGCGGGACGGGUCGGUGCUUCAGACAGUAGUAGCCGGUUCAGGUGCGAUCCAGAACAUCGUCUGGAUCCCAGAUGUGGGCGUCGCUGUCUGCUCCAACAGGUCCAAGGAUGUGCUGGUCGUUAACUGCUCCAAAGAGUUCAUGGCAUCCAGCCACGUGCUGGCCACCUGCCGCACCGCUCUGAAGAAGCAGGGCGUGGUCGGUCUCAACAUGGCACCCUGCAUGAGGGCCUUCCUGGAGAGGCUGCCCGUCAUGCUGCAGGAGCAGUAUGCCUACGAGAAGCCUCACGUCGUCUGUGGGGAGCAGCUCGUCCACAGCCCCUACAUGCAGUGCCUGGCCUCCCUGGCUGUGGGUCUCCACCUGGACCAGCUCCUGUGUCGCCCCCCUGUACCGCCUCACCUCCGACACUGCCCACCAGAGUCUGGCACCGCCGUCUGGUGUGCCAGUGAGUGGGCCUGGUUGGACUGUUUCUCUACGACAGUCAAGGCAGCGGAGGCUCUUGCUCGAGGCGCCACCUUCUCCGAGUCAUUCUCUGUUCCCGACCUGGAGCCUGUGCCCAAAGAUGAGAUGGCUCUGCUCAUGGACAACAGUAAAUGGGCGUCUGGUAUGGAUGAACAGAUCAUGUCCUGGGCCACCUCCAGACCAGAGGACUGGCACCUGGGGGGGAAGUGUGAUGUGUAUCUGUGGGGUGCAGGGCGACACGGCCAGCUGGCAGAGGCCGGCAGAAACAUCCUGGUGCCAACCACCGCCCCGUCCUUCUCUCAGGCUCAACAGGUGGUGUGUGGUCAGAACUGCACCUUUGUGAUCCAGCCUAACGGGACGGUGUUGGCCUGUGGCGAGGGCAGCUACGGCCGUCUGGGUCAGGGAAACUCUGACGACCUGCACGUUCUCACCGUCAUCUCAGCUCUUCAAGGUUUUGUUGUGACUCAGCUGGUGACAUCCUGCGGCAGUGACGGUCACUCCAUGGCUCUGACGGAGAGCGGUGAGGUGUUCAGCUGGGGCGACGGCGACUACGGCAAGCUUGGCCACGGGAACAGCGACCGCCAGCGCCGACCGAGGCAGAUCGAGGCGCUGCAAGGAGAGGAAGUGGUGCAGAUGUCCUGUGGGUUCAAACACUCGGCGGUGGUAACAGCUGACGGAAAGCUGUUCACGUUUGGGAACGGUGAUUACGGCAGACUGGGUUUAGGAAACACCUCCAACAAGAAGCUGCCCGAGAAGGUCACUGCUCUGGAGGGCUACCAGGUCGGACAGGUGGCGUGUGGUUUGAACCACACUUUAGUCGUCUCCGCUGACGGGAUGAUGGUUUGGGCGUUUGGUGACGGAGACUACGGAAAACUGGGACUCGGGAACUCCACAGCCAAGUCCUCGCCUCAGAAAGUGGACGUGUUGUGUGGAAUCAGCAUCAAGAAAGUGGCGUGUGGAACUCAGUUCUCUGUGGCUUUAACCAAAGAUGGCAAAGUUUACACAUUUGGUCAAGACCGCCUUAUAGGUCUGCCAGAAGGUCGAGCCAGGAACCACAACCGACCUCAGCUGGUGCCGGCUCUGGCGGGGAUCCACAUCCAGGACGUGGCUGUGGGAGCUGAACACACUCUGGUGCUCUCCUCCACGGGAGAGGUUUACACCUGGGGCAGCAACUCUGAGGGCCAGCUUGGUCUGGGACACACCAACCACGUCAGAGAACCGACAGUGGCGACGGCGCUGCAGGGUAAAAACAUCCACCAGAUCUCUGCUGGACGCUGCCACAGCGCUGCAUGGACAGCUCCCUGUGUGCCGCCUCGAGCGCCAGGCUCGUCGGUUCCUCUCCAGCUGGGUCUCCCUGUGGCGGUGCCUCCUCAGUACAGCGGGCUGAAAGAGGUCAGCAUCGAGGCGGUGAGGGCUCGCCUGCGACUCCUCUACCACUUCUCUGACCUCAUGUACUCCUCGUGGAGGCUGCUCAACCUCAGCCCCAACAACCAGAGCUGUACGUCCCACUAUAACGCUGGUACCUGGGGGAUCGUUCAGGGCCAGCUGAGACCCCUGCUGGCCCCCAGAGUGUACACUCUGCCCAUGGUGCGCUCCAUCGGCAAGACCAUGGUGCAGGGCAAAAACUACGGCCCCCAGAUCACCGUCAAACGGAUCUCCACACGAGGACGGAAAUGUAAACCCAUCUUCGUACAGAUCGCUCGUCAGGUUGUGAAGCUGAACGCCUCGGACCUCCGACUGCCCUCCAGAGCCUGGAAGGUCAAACUUGUAGGCGAGGGGGCUGAUGACGCUGGAGGGGUCUUUGAUGACACCAUCACAGAGAUGUGUCAGGAGUUGGAGACGGGAGUGGUCGACCUGCUCAUCCCCUCACCCAACGCCACAGCAGAGGUCGGCUACAACAGAGACAGGUUCCUCCUGAACCCGUCUGCCUGCCUGGACGAGCACAUGCUCCAGUUUAAGUUCCUGGGCAUCCUGAUGGGCGUGGCCAUCCGCACCAAGAAGCCCCUGGACCUCCACCUGGCUCCGCUGGUGUGGAAACAGCUGUGCUGCAUCCCCCUGCUGCUGGAGGACCUGGAGGAGGUCGACCUCCUUUAUGUGCAGACGCUCAAAAGCAUUCUUCACAUUGAAGACAGCGGCAUCACCGAGGAGAAUUUCCAUGAGAUGAUUCCUCUGGAUUCGUUUGUCGGGCAGAGUGCAGAUGGAAAGAUGGUUCCCAUCAUCCCCGGAGGAAACAGCAUCCCGCUCACUUUCUCCAACAGGAAGGAGUACGUGGAAAGAGCCAUCGAGUACCGGCUGCAUGAGAUCGAUCGACAGGUGGCGGCGGUGCGCGAGGGCAUGUCGUGGAUCGUGCCCGUGCCACUGCUCUCCCUGCUGACGGCCAAGCAGCUGGAGCAGAUGGUGUGCGGCAUGCCGGAGAUCUGUUGCGACGUGCUGAAGAAGGUGGUGCGCUACAGAGAGGUGGAUGAGCAGCACUCCCUGGUGCAGUGGUUCUGGCAGACGCUGGAGGAGUUCUCCAACGAGGAGCGAGUCCUCUUCAUGCGCUUCGUCUCCGGACGCUCCAGGCUGCCCGCCAACACGGCCGACAUCUCUCAGAGGUUUCAGAUCAUGAAGGUGGACAGGCCGUACGACAGCCUGCCGACCUCUCAGACCUGCUUCUUCCAGCUGCGUCUGCCUCCGUACUCCAGCCAGGCCGUCAUGGCGGAGCGGCUGCGUUACGCCAUCAACAACUGUCGCUCCAUCGACAUGGACAACUACAUGCUCUCCAGAAACGUGGACAACGCGGAGGGCUCCGACACGGACUACUGACGCAGGCACUUCACACGCACACAUGAAUAAGCAACAAGCGGCCACACGGACUUUAUCUGAACACACACACGGACUGUACAAGAAUACACACGCACACACAUACACACACAGACACAUACACACACGGAUGCUUGGUCAUCAGUGCACCAGUCGUAGGGAACUCCUGAGCUGACAGGCCACUUUUUAAAUCAUUUUAUGUAUUUCAAACGGCACAGAUUUCAUUUCUCCUCGUGGUUUAUUAGCAGUUUUUAAAUGACACAAAAAUCCACACGAGAAGUGCAUUUAGUGUGUGUUUUUUUUGUUUUUUUUGCUCAUUACUCCACAUCCCAUUUUCAGGGUUUCUGCAUGGAGGUUUGUUUAUUUGUUUGGAAAUGUGUAUAGAAUAUUCAAGCGAGCGCUGGAGGAAAAAAAGAAUAUUGUACAUUGUGUAAAAUGCUUCAUUAGGAAAAUGUUUUGCAUAAUAUCCAUAUUUAUUGUUUUCAUUGCCGACGCCGAGUUUCCCUGAAGCAUACAAAAAAACAACAAUAAAUGCUGCAGAAUUGA